UCAAACAGGUCUAAUUGUAGCCCCUUCUUGUAUACUGUAGAGGAUCCUGCGCCCCUUCGUGUCAUUCCUACCGAUACCAGUGGCAACAGCUACUGCUAGUGCUGCUGUUCUGCAAGAGUAAUAACAACGACCUUCGGGUCCCCAGCAGCUGGUCAUCAGACCUCAGAGCUGCUGCUGUCUUCGGACAGUGCUCGUGCCGCUGCCGUUUCCUCGCUGGGAUGCGCAAGGCCAACGCGUACGCCACUGCUCCUGUGGUGUACCCUGGCUGCAGCGGGCCGUCUUCGGAGGCCUCCGGUGGGUUUCAGCAGCCAGCGCCAGGCCGUGUCAAGAAGGCGCAAGCAUCACACUCGAGUCAGGAGAAUGGUCCUGGUAGCUCGGGAGAGGAGUCCGGCUGGAGCUCGGCCGGAGCAUCGCGUCGGCCCCCGGAGCCCUCAUCUUCUUCGGUGGGAGGGAGUCCCGAGCGGAAGGUGGCCACACGCAGCGUGGAUGGCGCCCGUGGCCCCAAGGGCAAGAGCGGGAGCUGGUCGGGCUCGGACACCAGCUUGUCUCGCAAGCCGGGUCGCCAAAGGCAAGUGAAGAAGCUUGGACGGCGGCGCCACUGGACCAAAAGCUUUCAGAUGCUGCUGCGUCAUCUUGCAUAGCAACUUGGUGUCGGCGACCGUCAAGGGUCGUUUUUGCGGCUACAACAAUUUGGCGUAGCAGAUGGUACUUCUUUCGCGGAUUACCUUCGUGCUUUUCGUUUGUUGGUUUCUUCUGUGACUGGCUCUAAGCGUACAUUGGCCCCUAGCGCAUGGUGCUAGAAAUAGUGCGGCAUUCGGUCUGCAAGCAGUUUCCGAGUUUGUCUCCGAUUUUGUACCCGGGUGCUCU